AUGCGGAAAAAUGAAGGGUUGAAGAUUGGACCUGGGAGAUCCAACAAAACAGCCUUUGCUGUAGUUCCCAUGAAGUCUUGGAAUGGGCGAUGGGCGAUAUGUGCUAAGAUUAGUGUGAGAGAGAUCAUGGUUGAAGAAGUUAAGGAGAUCAAUUCUAAUUCAAAGACAAAGGGUUUAGUUUACUGGACUGGUUUGGUGCCCCAUGGUGGCAUUCGCAAUGCGAUUCAAAAUCAACAAGGGAGGAUGACUGGUCCUACAAGACGAUCAAGAAAAUGGACAGGGGAGGAGGAUAAAAUAUUAGCUGAUGCAGUCAAAAGGUACAAUAGCAAAAAUUGGAAGAAGAUCGAGCCAAUGAAGGUUGUGAUAUUCAUUAGCUCACAAGUUUCUGUUUUCUGGUUGAGAUUGCCAGUGCUGUUGAUAUCUCUUGCAGCUGAAUGUGUUCCUGAUAGAACAGAUGUUCAGUGCCUGCAUCGAUGGCAGAAGGUUCUUGACCCUAAACUUGUUAAAGGUCCCUGGAAAAAAGAGGAAGAUGAUCUCAUUCGAGAGCUUGUUGAAAUACACGGAAACAAGAAAUGGUCUCAAGUAGCAAAACACUUGACAGGCCGCAUAGGCAAGCAAUGCCGAGAAAGGUGGCACAACCAUUUAAAUCCAGAUAUUAAUAGAACUCCAUGGACCAAAGAGGAGGAGGCAGUUCUCAUCAAAGCCCACGGAGCAUAUGGUAACAAGUGGGCUGAGAUCGCAAAGCUUCUGCAUGGAAGGACUGAAAAUUCAAUAAAAAAUCAUUGGAACUGCUCAGUGAGGAAGAGAAUAGAAUCAUAUCCAGCUCGUGGUUUGGACUUUUAUAGUUACAAGACAAAAGCAGAUGGCAAGAAGCUAGAGGUGGGCAAGCAAAGAAAUGAUCGGGGUGUGAACUUGUGCUCAAACGUGGAACCUUGUUCACUGGAUUUGGUUCUUGGAAAUGUUGGUAUAAGGGAGGGCCAAUUGAAGACGUCAGAUAAUGAAAUUUGUAAAGAGUGGAACGAUUCAGCAAAGUCCACAGGUAGAACUAUAGGUACUAAAGCUACUGAUACAUGUGUUCUGUCCAGCCAAGAUUGCAGAGAAAGUGCCAGUAGUGCAUACACAUCUGAGUCAACAGACCAUUCCUCUGUUAACCAGGCUGGGAAAAUCUGUGAUAUUUCUUUCGGUAGUCUCAUGAGGUCUCCAUAUUCACAAGAAAGGACUCAUGAGACUACAAAUACUAUCAAUUCAUUGCCUUCUGAAGCACUUUCUCCGUCUUUGGAUCUCUCUUUGAGUACUCCAUUCAGUGCACAUGGUUAUGAUGAAACAAUGGGUAAAGUUUCUUCCCCCUCUCUCAUUUUUGAGCAUGUAAUCUAG